CGGCCGGCGGCGGCCUCAGUCCUCCCGCGACACCAGGCCGCGCAACUCGCCCGCAGCGCGCACGCACGGCUCCCGACACACCACACAUGCCACGAGACGAGAGGAAGGAGGGCGCGGGCGUAGCCGCGUGGCUGCGGCGCUGGUGGCGGGCGCUGCUGUCGGAGCUGGUGGCCACGACCACGCUGGUAUGGCUGGGCAUCGCCGCCAUGACGCCGCUGGGACCCACCGCGCCGCCGCUGGCGCACCCCGCCAUGGCGUUCGGCUUCAUGGUGGUGGCUAACGCGUGCGCCUUCGGGCCCGUGUCGGGGGCGCACAUGAACCCGGCCGUGACGCUGGCCGCGCUGCUGUACGGGCAGCUGGCCCCGCUGCCCGCGCUGGGCUACGUGCUGGCGCAGAUGCUGGGCGCCACGCUAGGCUUCGGCGCGCUGCUGGCCACGUCGCCCCGCGCGGCCACGGCGGCGCCCGCGGGCGUCACGCUGCCCGGGCCCGGCGUGUCCGCGCUGGGCGCCACGCUGGUGGAGGCCGCGCUCACGGCCACGCUGGCGCUGGCCGUCUGCGGCGUGUGGGCCGCGCACGACGCCUCGCGCCCGGACCCCUCCGUGCCCAUCAAGCUGGGGCUCGUUGUCGCCGGUCUCGUCUAUGCAGGGGGAUGCGCAACUGGCGCUAGUAUCAACCCAGCGAGAAGCUUCGGCCCCGCUCUCCUGCAGGGUACCUGGGAUUACCAGUGGGUGUACUGGGUGGGCCCGCUGGGCGGCGCGGCGCUGGGCGCGCUGCUGCACCGCCACGUGCUGCGGCCGCGCGCGCGCCGCCUCGCGCCCGCAGACGCCGGGACGCCGCUCCACGACAAAACGGAACAACCCUAGUCUUAUCCUUAAAAAAUCUAUUAAAAAAUCCUCUCUAUAAUCGUUUUUUAUUGCUCCUGAUGAUUGGACAUUCAGUUGAUAUGUGUUGAUACGUAUAUCAUAUUAUAACAAAUCAGUUUCAUAUGAACCUGAACAAAUCAAUGAACUACAAACUUCUUGGUUUGGACAAUCCGGAGAUACAAUUGUAAUUGAUUUUUUAUGAAACAAUAUUUAGGUUGCGUUUAGUUAGUUAGUUUGCGUUUGAUACCCCUAACAUAAUGCUAUAUUUUUUUUAGAAAAUUACGGGUAGUAAUUUUGCAAAAAAAAUAUGGCAUUAUGUAAAAUAUAGCUUGAUACUGCUGAAAUAUAGCAGUAUCAAAUGCAAACCUAAAAAUAUACGUUUAUGAAUCGCA